AUUUCUCCUUCUUUACGAGCCCCUUUUCGAGCGAACGCUCUUUGUUGGUUGGGUCACGAUUUUGGGUGGUUGCGUAUGAUACGUAUUAUUUCCCUUUUACCCCUACAUCCCCUAUACGGAUUAGAGCAAGACACAAGGCUGUUCUGUCAAUUUUACCCCCGUUUUUUGUUUGCUUGACGCUAUCCUAAAAGGAAAAGUCGUGCAACUAAAAGUUUUGUGCGAAAUGGCAUCUAAAAGCAAAAUUAGUGUAAAAAUCGAAGAAGAUAUCCGAAUAUCAAUCCACAGACAGAUAGAUCUGUUUCUGCAAGACGAAAAUCAGAUUGAAUACGAUUUUCCAUCCGAUCUUACCAAUCAACAUCGUGCGUACAUUCACGAAUAUGUAAGAAAUAAGCAAUUGAAAUCGAGAUCGCACGGGAAAGGAGACAACAGGUACUUAACGAUAUGCAAAACAAGCUUGCCGGAUGUUACGCAUGAUGAUGCUGUGCUAAAUGUAACACCCGAAUCAUCGGUAUUGUUAAACAAAAUCGAAAAGAGCUACAGUACGCUUCGUAAGCCUUAUAAGCGUACGGGUAAAGGAACAUCCGUACAAUUACAUUCCAUCAAUGUUACUUCGGUUUCGCCUUCAAUACCACCACUGCCGGCUGGUUCUGCGGAGAUACAUGCCGUCCGUCAGCGUUUGCCAAUAGCACAAUUCCACGACGUGAUACUAAAGGGUGUACAACACAAUCAAGUCAUUAUCAUAUCCGGCAAUACUGGAUCUGGCAAGACAACACAAGUUCCUCAGUACAUUUUGGAAGAAGCGGCACAAACCAAUCAACCUUGUCGCAUCAUUUGCACGCAACCGAGACGCAUUAGUGCGGUGACGGUUUCGGAACGCGUCUGCUACGAAAGAAACGAACCAUUAGGCGAUACGGUCGGUUAUCAAAUCCGUUUGGAAAGUCGCGUAAAACCCACCACUAACGCUUUGUUCUGUACGAACGGUGUGCUGCUCCGCUGUCUGAUGGGUAAAGGUUGUUCAAACUUUCUGAAAAACGUUACACAUAUUAUCAUUGACGAAGUGCACGAACGCGAUCAAUAUUCCGACUUUCUGCUGAUAGCGUUGAAGGAUAAUUUGGCUAAAAAUGCACACCUGAAGAUCAUACUAAUGUCUGCUACCAUAGAAUCAGACACAUUUUCGACUUAUUUUAACAACUGUCCAGUGAUCGAGAUACCUGGCCGAUUGUUUCCGAUCAACAUUGUUUACUUGGAAGAUAUUUUGUUUAACAUUGAAACGUGCAACCACAGCGUGCGCGAUAUACGGACAAGGAUCAGCAAAAACGCUGACGGUCAAUUGGCAGAAGGAUUUAAACCGAUAACGGUGAAUAUAGACGAUGAAACAUUACUGCUAAUGAACGACAUUCUGGAGGUUUGUUGGAUAGAAAACAAUCCCAAUGAUUUCGCUAACUUUUUCGUCCUGAUCGAAGAGGAAAACAUCCCAAUUGAUUUUCAGCAUACCGAAACACAGAUGACGGCGCUGAUGAUUGCUGCUGCUAAAGAUUACACUGAGAUCGUGCUAAAGCUGCUAGAUAUGGGAGCGGAUCCAAACAUAAAGGAAAAGCACAACUACAAUGCAUACGAUUGGGCUUGCUUUGUAAAUGGAAAUGGUAAAUGUUCGACGCUGCUGAAACAGGCAAUGGUCAAAACCGAUUUACCAACCUCGCGUAUCGUGACGGUAGCACCGAACAAUGCCAAACAAUUGCUGGACGCAUAUCAUACUUCUGUGGGAGACGAUAGGAUCGAUCAUAAUUUAAUCUUCGACAUUAUUAUGUACAUCUGCCAUCAAAAACCAGAAGGUGGCAUACUGGUAUUUUUGCCCGGGUACGACGACAUACAGGAACAGUAUGGGUUGAUCAGUAGCAAAGCGCCGAAUUUGCACAGCAUAAAAGUGUUAAUGCUGCACAGCAAGAUGCAAACAACCGAUCAGCAUUCCGUGUUCAAGCCGGUGCCUUUGGAAGUGCGCAAAAUAAUACUUUCGACAAACAUUGCGGAAACAUCCAUAACGAUGGACGAUGUGGUGUAUGUAAUUGAUAGUGGUAAAGUGAAGCAGAAAUAUUACGAUUCGCUUACAUCGACCAGUUCGUUGGCUGCAACGUGGAUAUCGCAGGCUUGUGCGACACAACGUGCUGGACGGGCCGGGCGUACAAGACCGGGGACCUGUUUCCGAUUGUACAGCAGAACGCGCCAUUGUGCGAUGGAUCAGUACACGUUGCCGGAGAUAUUGCGCGUACCGCUUACGGAAAUAUGUUUGCAAACUGCGUUGAUCAUGAAAGAUGCAUCGAUACAGGAGUUUCUGAACAAAGCAAUAACGCCACCGGCGGCACAGAGUAUCAAGCAGAGCAUAAAAUAUCUGCAGAAAGUAGGAGCAUUGGAUGAUGACGAAAGCGUCACGGAUCUCGGUUACACGCUAGCGGAACUGCCCGUGGACGCAAGGUUGGGAAAAAUGCUGCUGUACGGAAUAUUGAUGAAAUGUUACGAGCCUGUACUGCUGAUUGUUUGCAUCCUGAGCGUGAACGAUCUGUUCGUCAUACCGCCAUUUUCAGGUGACAAAGAAAGGGCGAAAAAAAUGCGCCGUGAUUUGUCCGAUAAUUCGUUUAGCGAUUGCUAUUCGCUAAUUCGUGCCUAUCAACGUUGGUUGGGUACCCGGUCGGUUCUGAAGCGUAAAGAGCUGUGCAACAGAUUAUUUUUAAACUAUGGCAAGCUUACGAUGGUGCAUGAUUUACGCAACAAACUGCACGGACAUUUAUGUACGAUCGGUGUCGUUAAAUCGUACGGAGCGGGGAAUGUACACAGUUUGAACGAAUAUGCCUCCAACUGGAGCUUGGUAAAAGGCAUACUGCUGGUAGGCCUUUAUCCGAAUGUGUGCUAUUUGGAGAAGUAUUCCAAAACCUUGAAGACACGAUUCGAAAAGAAGAUUUUUAUUCAUCCCUCGUCAGUAGUGGGUGCAAAGAUGACAAAAAAGCCCAAGGAAAAGAACAACACGCUUUCGCUACCAAGCGAAUGGAUGACGUUUGAGGAGAAAUGUAAAUCUGGUAGAGGAUCCAUGAUCCGAUGCAAUACAGUUGUAUCACCAAUAACGAUAGCAAUUUUUGCCGGACCAUUAGCGUUAGACGAGGCAGAGUGCAUAGUUAGGUAUGAGGGUGAGGAGGAUCAGGAGCAGUGCCGAAUAGCAAUAGACGAUUGGAUAAACUUGACCACAACGGAACAUGUUGCCAAGUCGGUACUGCACGUACGGCAGGCGUUAAAUGAGUUGUUUUUACGAUUCAUUGAAAAUCCCAAAGCGCAUCAAUCGAACCUGGAGGAGCUCAAGAUGUUAGACUAUUUGGGCCGAAUACUUGCUGCGGAGGAUGAAUCGAUUGAAGUGGCAAACCAGUUACCAGAUUUUGCUAAGCCCGCCAAUAAGCAAAGGGAACCAUCAUGCGGAUAUCAAAGAAGAAGAUAAAAUUUUCUUAACAUAAGUAUUUUUUCGCAACGAAGAAAUAUUGAAUUAUAAUGCAAGAAGUGAAAUAGAACGGAAAUAGCCAAGAAUUGUACGACAAAAACAAAAACACAAAAAACACACAAUUAAAUAAAGGAAGAAACACAGUAGUUUAAAAGAAACAAACUUGAAUAAGCAGAAGUGAAAGAAGUGAAAUAGAACGGAAAUAGACAAGAAUUGUACGACAAAAACAAAAACACAAAAAACACACAAUUAAAUAAAGGAAGAAACGCAGUAGCUUAAAAGAAACAAACUUGAAUAAACAGAAGUGAAAGAAGUGAAAUAGAACGGAAAUAGACAAGAAUUGUACGAUAAAAACAAAAAUACAAAAAAACACACAGUUAAAUAAAGAAGGAAACACACUUGAAUAAAAACGCACUAUAAGAAGUAAAGCGACACGAUCAUAAACAGAACUCUGGAAAUAUUCAAGCGCGACGGUAACAAAUGAAAAAUCUACAAUGUUUUAAUACAGACAAGCGAAACCAAAAAAGGAAAAUCACGAAAGAGAAGAUCGCGUCCAAUACAUUACAAUAGCACUGGUAUAUGAGAAAUACAGUUUUAGAAUAAAGCUUUUUACCAUUCGA